AUGAUGAAUGAAUCAACAAAAAUUAAAUGGGAAGACAACCAAAGGAAACAAACGCGACUGUCGCGACACAAAAGUCUGAAGAACACUUUAUAUUUGAGUCUAUUUGUUGGAUAUGGGGUGUUUUACUACAACAGAAAGUCUUACAGCUCUUUAAUUCCAGCUUUACUACAGUCGCGGUAUUUAGGAGAGAGUGAACUUGGUUUUAUUUCGAGUUGCUUUGCGUUCAGUUAUGGUUUAAGUAAAUUUGGAAGUGGUAUUUUAUCGGACAAACUUCAACCGAGAGAAUUAUUCGUUAUUGGUUUAAUCGCUACUGGAAUUUGUAACAUAUUUUUUACAUUUAUUGAUGGUGUGAUGUUUUUAUCCUUUGUCUGGUUGAUGAAUGGCUUGGUCCAAGGUUUAGCAUGGCCGCAAUGUGCAAAGUUGUUAAAAGUAUGGUUUGAACCACACGAGGUAAAUGGGACAAGGUGUAUA